GAGGAGGAGGAGGAGGAACAACAGGGAAACCACGGGCCUGGCGAAGGGAGCAAGGAUGCCAAUGGUGCCGCCACGGCUGUUGCUGCGUCUGCGGCGGCCCCUGCACCUGAUGGAACUGCGCAUCCUGCUGCUCUGCUUGCCGACGCUGCUCCUGGCCACCACCCUCGAGCCAGAUCAAAAGUCAAUACUCACAGAUAACGAUUGGAAGAAGCUAUGGAUGCGCGGCGGUAUAAAUGGCGAUUCAAAAUUGGAUAAUAAUCUCGACUCGAGCGACAGUCCAAUGUUCGAGGACAGUGAGCUGAUGGCGCACAACACCACAGUCCAGCUGGGUGGCACCGCCUUCCUGGUCUGCAAGGUCUCCGGCGUGGACAGAGUGGGUGUAAAUUGGAACCAAAUAUCUUGGAUCCGCCGCCGGGACUGGCACAUCCUGUCGUCGGGGGCCCAGCUCUACACGAACGAUGAGCGCUUCGCCAUACUGCACACGCCCGGCUCCAACAUGUGGACUCUGCAGAUAAAGUUUGUGCAGCGCCGGGAUCACGGCAUGUACGAGUGUCAGGUCUCGACACCGACUGGCAUCAUUUCCCACUUUGUGAAUCUUCAAGUGGUUGUUCCAGAGGCAUUCAUACUGGGCUCCGGCGAGCUGCAUGUCGACAUGGGCUCAACAAUCAAUUUAGUUUGCAUUAUUGAAAAGAGUCCUACACCACCGCAGUACGUGUACUGGCAAAAGAACGAUCGCCUGAUCAACUACGUCGACUCCCGUCGCGACAUAACCAUUGAGACGACCCCGGGACCACGCACUCAGAGCCGUCUGAUCAUCCGGGAACCGCAGAUCACGGACUCCGGCAACUACACCUGCUCGGCCAGCAACACGGAGCCGGCGAGCAUAUACGUCUUCGUGUCAAAAGGCGACAAUAUGGCGGCAAUCUCGCGGCGGAAGACCUCCUCGGCCGAUCGCCUGACGCACAUAUUUAGGUCGAUGCUGGCGCCCUGUCUCCUGCUGAACACGGUUGUUGUGAGACAUAUCUUCCUGACCUAAGCGGACCUGCUGGCUGGCUGGCCGAGGCGAACGGAAGGAGGGCGACAAAGAAAUCCUAUUUAAGCUAUUUCAGUGUUGGCACUGCCGUAGUGGCAGCCGAACAAAGUUAAUAACUGAAUAACCCCAGUCUAGGAUAAUUGCUAAGCUAAGCUCAGUAAGAGAUGCGCACUCAAGUGUAAAAAUCAUGUUAAACCAAUCGUCGCUGUGCACACUCGUACACCUGCGAGUGUACUUGGCUUGUUUGUGUGCCAGACAGUUAGCCGUACAUCCGGACCAGUUUGGAUUGGUUAAGGAGAAUUGGUUAUGCUAACAAGCUCCCUCCCAUUGAUUUUGUACAGUAUGUUUAAGGAUUGCAGAGUAUGUGAGUUUCCUUAUGAAUAUCGCUCGGUUAAAUUUCCUCCAUGUCCUCGGUUACCGUCAUCCAUGUUACGUAUAUGUGUAGUGCAAUUUCACUUGUUCGGUGAGCUGAAAGCUUAGACUUAUUUUGUAUGCCUUUGUUCGGUCAAGAUCAAUGCUCUGCGACCCAAAAUUUUUACUGCGAGCGGAAAUUGCAUAAGUAGCCAAUUUAGUCCAUUUGAUGAGGUAUAUACAUACUCGUACACAUAUGAACAAAACGCAUUAAAGCGAUAUUAUAACUGUUACUAAUGGCUAAUUGAAAUCUAUACAAAAAGCAAAAAAGCAAAAAAGCAAAAAAGCAGCGGGCACGUCCAACCCAAAAGGCCGCAUCAAAAACGGGGCGAUAUUAACGUUAACGAGCAUAAAAACGAGAGCGUCAACUCUUUUUAAUUAAUUAUGUUAUUAAGUUUGUACAUACAUUCUAUUGCAAAUGGCACAGCACUCACACGCAUUCGCACUCACAAGAGCACUGCAGAGUGUUCUGGGAAAUUUAUUCAAAUUGUGUAAAUAAAAAGGAAAUCGUACAGCUCCAACCACAAGCCAUACAGCUGACUGAAAAUGUGCAAUAUUACCCAUUUACCAUACUACCCAUACUACCCAUAUUACUCGCAUAACCCAGGGCCCGUGGACGGAAUAGGGAUGGCGAGCUGGACGGAAAUGAGGUGCCCGAGUAUGCGGACACCUAAUGGGCUCUGAAACUGUCAAAAUCAAGCUGUAAUUAAUUGCAAAAGCACAAAAGAGAGAGCGUCGAGCGGGUUGGGGCAAAACCCUAGCCUAAUGUCGAACAAUGGAUAGUUUAAAUUCAUCAGUCUGCCAAAUCGGAAAAUUGAAAAUAAUUACUUUACAAGCAGAUAUCUAGCAUGGUAAUACAAUUAAAUUCUCUACAUCGUACGCGACCUCUGACCCGGCACGGGCCGGGAGCAAGGAGCCGCCUGUGCCGCCGCCAUGAGACACCUCACCUCAAUCAUGAAACAAAAAUCUACGUAACGUAUUAUGUACAACUUCUCGACUGUUUAAUAAACUUAGGCUGGCUCCAUAUCGGCUGCAGGCUGCACUUACGAUAGAAUACCAUAUAGAGGAUCCGCUCCAGUUAAAAUUGAUGUGUUGUCAGACCUAGCCGGCCUAGUAACUAUCAUUCGUUCAGUGUCGGUACGUAAUUUACAAACAAAGAAACAAACACAGAAACAAACAAACAAACACAAAGAAACAAGCAAACAAACUGUAAGGGAUACCAUUUGAAGUUUGAAUAGAUUCAUUAGAGCGAACCCACAGCAAACCCAAAAUCGUAGCUUAAUCAUUAAUAAACUAUUGAUAAAACAAAAAUACUAAGCGAUUCCACACCCUCUUUGAUGUGUCUGUAUGUGUAUGCGUAUGCCCAAGGCCCGUUGGACAAUUUAAAGGUUAAAGUUAUUCGAUUCCAUUGAAAUAAAAUGAUUAAACGAAGCAUUUAGUUGAUUUUUACUGUUAAGCAUUUCCACUGUAAAUAUUUUGUACUUACAUAUGUAUAUCGAAUGGCCGGUAAUGGGCCUUCGUUAAAUAUUGAAAAUCACAAGCGAAAACAAAGAAAAACGGUGAUAGGUUAAUGUACUCUUGGUGUGGAAACAGCAGAAACUAAACCAAAACCCAUAUAGGAUCAUCCAAUUGUUUUCAGUGUCAGUGCUCGAGCAAAUAACUGUACAAUUUCAACUUGCAACAAUUUGACGAAUAUGAAUUUAAUAAUAGUACAGAUAUGAAUAAAUCCACAUAAAUCCAGACCUACAUUGUGCUUGCACGCACAAAUACAAAGAAAGUGGGCGACAAAAAUUCCAAAGCAGCAAUGCGUGGAAAACAAUACGAAUGCAUUGAACUAAAUCAAGUGAUUAUCAUUGAAAAAUAAAUGUAAUUUAAAUAACAACUA